GAGCUAUGACUCAGCAGAAAUGCCAACCGUUACUCAGGCCUGAUGUCGAGUCAUGACUCAGCAGAAAUACGGGAUGACCUGAGACACAGUGUGAUAAAUCGCCUGAGCACAAACUUCAGACAAACAGACUUCGUUUGUAAACAGACAUAAGUUUUUUCCUGCGAGUCGAGUCUCAAAGACAGAAACAGAAACAUGAGGGCUUACCUGCUCCUGCUGCUGCUGCUGCCUCUCUGCUCAGCCAAACAGUACAACAUUAGGUGCAUCGGUCAUGAUUACCUGAUGCUCAACCACCAGCAGAUGGACUGCAGCAGCGACAUCAAACAAGCCUGCUUCAUCAAAGACAAUGGAGAGAAAGGCUGCAUCGAGCUCAGCUUCUGCACAAAACCUGGCUGGAACUGCUGCUACACGGACAACUGCAACGCUUGAGCCAAUCACAGCGUGGGAAUUCCUGACACUGUCAAACCAAAUGAUGUGAAAUAAAGCUGUGAUUGACAUUUCCCAGAA